AUGGCCCGAAUUGGCCAAUUUGCCCCUCAAUUUGAUCGACGAGUCUCCACCUCCAUGAGCGACCUUCAGAGAUCCUUCGCCAAAGCCAAAUUGGCCAAACUUCCAUCCGAAGCCCCAAUGCCCGAAUCAAUGAAUGAGGAUGCAUGGGAAGAAGACUCCUCUGCCUCUUCAGUCUCCUCUACGGGUACACUUGUCCCAUCGCCGACACGGCAGCUCUUUGCCCGAGCGGGCCGACGGCAAUCAUCCCAUGCAUCUCUAUCGUGGACAGACUUCUUCGAACAGGAGCUCUUUUUCUCCGAAGAAGUGGGAAACAUUCACAUCACCCACCAUGCAUAUCUCACCCCACCAACUGACAAGGGUCCGCUGUUUGUGAUGCAUCAUGGAGCUGGCUCAUCGGGUCUUUCCUUUGCGACUUGCACAGAAGAGAUCCGAAGAAUCCUCCCCAAGGCGGGUGUCUUAUCGCUGGAUGCUCGAAGCCAUGGUCGAACCGUUAUGACCCCAAUAGACAGUAAAAUAGACGACAAAGCCCCGUCUACUGCCGCUGCUGCUCAGAUUGAAGCUUCCGGUGCGGUUGAACUUGAUCUCAGUCUCGAGACUCUGAGCCGAGAUUUGAUCUAUGUGGUCCGUCAGACCCAGGCGAAGAUGGGCUGGGAAAUACUCCCGGAUAUCGUACUUGUCGGGCACAGCCUGGGUGGUGCGGUGAUUACAGAUGUCGCGAAGAACGGAGAGCUAGGCGUGAAGCCGUUGGCAUAUGCUGUGUUGGAUGUUGUAGAAGGAUCCGCAAUGGAUGCUCUCCAAAGCAUGGAAAUGUACCUCUCCACACGACCAGCCCGGUUUCCGUCAUUAUCCUCAGGAAUUGACUGGCAUACUCGCUCCCGUACAAUCCGCAAUACUACAUCCGCCAGGGCCUCCGUUCCAUCACUUCUAUAUGAAGACAGUGAGCCCACAGACCCUGCUCGCCCCUGGUUAUGGCGCACAAACCUCUCUGCAACAAAGCCAUUCUGGGAGAACUGGUUUGUUGGCUUGAGUCGAAAGUUUCUUGACGCGCGCGGUGGAAAACUACUAUUGCUUGCUGGCACCGACCGAUUAGACAAAGAGUUGAUGAUUGGCCAGAUGCAAGGUAAAUAUCAAUUGCAAGUAUUCCCUGAAGCUGGCCAUUUCGUGCAUGAAGACCAGCCUGCAAAGACUGCACAGAUAUUGGCAGACUUCUACAGACGGAAUGAUCGGAGUGCGUUGGUUCUUCCACCAAAGGUCGCUGAUAUGCAGGCAUCAGCCGCGAUGAAGAAAGGGACAGGUGCUUCAGGUGGUGCGACGGGACACUUGAAGUAA